AUGUUGGAAAACAUACUUCCUCAGCAAUUCGGCCUGCACGCACAGAAUAGGCCUCAACAACGACAUCCCAUUAUCACCACCGCGGUCCCGCUCAACAACAUCAUUGAUAUCCGCAGCCAACCGCAAAAGAGAGACCAGAGUCUGCGUACAUUGGUACAAGAAAAAAUACACGAAUAUGCUACGACCAAGGGCGUGACUUCCCUGCCAGACCUGCUGUUGUGGAAUGAAAAGGGCCUUAAGUAUUUCGAGGACGUCACUUACAGCCCUUCCUACUAUUUGACCAACGAAGAGAUCCACUUAUUGGAGAAGAAUAAGUACAAGAUUGCAGCAAACAUCCCGUCUGGCACCAUGCUAGUUGAAUUGGGAAGCGGAAAUCUCCGCAAAGUCAAGAUCCUUUUAGACGCGCUAGAGGAGCUAGGUCGUGAUGUUGAUUAUUAUGCCUUGGAUGUGUCCCAUCGAGAGCUCCUACGGACCCUAGCGCUCGUUCCUCCAGGCCAUUUCAACCAUAUUCGCUGCUUCGGACUGCUUGGCACCUACGACGAUGGACGCGAUUGGCUCCAAAGACCGGAGGUGCAAGGGCGCCCCAAGACUAUACUAUCCCUCGGAUCGACUUUGGGUAGCUUCCAGCGCGCUGAUGUCGCCGAAUUCCUCGCCAGCUUCUGUGCAUCCAGCGGUAGUGGCGGUGAUCACAGGAAUCCGUCGUUUCUAGUCGGACUUGACGGAUGCAAGAAUGCACGGCGAGUUUUGAAGGCAUACAACGAUGAACAGGGCAUAAAUCGACGAUUCGUCAAGAAUGGACUGCAUCGAGCAAAUCAAAUCUUGGGCUACGACGCGUUCGACCUCAGCCGCUGGAAGGUAACUGGAGGUUGGGAUGAGCAGAAUGGCAGCCACAACCAAUAUUAUUAUCCCGCGGUUGACACGUACCUUGACAGCAGAGAUGCGACAGGCAAAAUAGUGAAAAGUAGUGUCCCUGCUGGGCGAAAGUUGCUGGCGGUUCAGAGUUAUAAAUAUGAUUGGGACGAUCAGGCCGAGCUUGUUCGGAGAGCAGGGUUGGAUGUUGUGGACUGUUGGGCAUCUGAGGAGGAUUAUAACUUUGGUAAAAUGAACAAUACUUCGACGACAGACCUGUUAAUUAUUGGAGCCGGCCCAGCCGGCCUGAUGGCAGCCUGCUGGGCGUCUCAGUUCAGCGACAUGUCAACGCGCAUAAUCGACCAGAAGCCCGGUCGGACACAGAGAGGCCACGCAGAUGGGCUGCACAGUCGGACUUUGGAAAUCCUGGACAGUUUUGGCAUUGCCGAUCGUAUUCUGCGACAGGCUGUGGGUGAUUUUGAAAUGUGUUACUGGAACCACAAUAGCGAAACCAGUCAUAUAGAAAGGGGCAAAAGGUCGCUGUCUCAGCCGAGAUAUCUAUCAAGGCUCAGCCAGGUUUUGCUUAAUCAGGGUCUCAUCGAGGGUGCCCUCCUUAAUUACUUGAAUGAAGAGAGACGAAUUGAUGUAGAAUGGCAGAAAAAAGGGGAAAUAAUCGACAUACUGCCCGCAACCGACGAUAACUUCAACGUGAAGGUAAAAGUCAGGGACCUGUCAGAAGAAAGCAACACCACGGAAAUAAUACGCGCACAGUACGUUAUCGCCUGUGAUGGUGCUCAAAGCUCGACGAGAGAGCAGCAGGAAGUUCCAAUGGAGAGCCACUCGGAGGAAUCGAUCUGGGGCGUGCUAGACAUUGUACCUAUAACUAAUUUCCGUACGUCUCUUUAUUUUAUUUCAACUCCCUUCAUGAGCGUUUCCGAUGGUUUAUUGACGAAGCAAAUAUCAGCCGACAUUCGCCAAUCUUGUGUGAUCCAGUCUGAGAGGUCUGGCCAAAUCAUGACCGCGCCACGAGAGAAUCGGCUUCUGAGAAUGUACAUUCAACUAAAUUGGAACGGUAACUCACAGAGAGGAAAGCGACGUGAAUCUCCUGAGAGCUUGGUAAAAAUCGCUGCAGAAGCCAUUCAACCAUACCAUCUGACGUUUCGGCAUUGUGACUGGUGGUCUAUAUACAAGGUCAAACAACGUCUAGUCAAGCGCUAUCGAGUACAGGAUCGAAUAUUCUUAGCUGGUGAUGCCGCUCACAUGCAUUCGCCCAUGGCUGGUCAGGGAAUGAACAUCUCCAUGCAAGACACGUACAACCUCGCAUGGAAAAUUGGCUCUGUAAUCACCCGAAAAGCGCACCCGUCCAUCCUCGACACGUAUCAAGAAGAACGACACCCAGUCGCCCAAGAACUGAUGGAAUUGGACAACCUCAUCCUCCAAGCAUACAAGCAAUCAGACCCCAGGUGCGAAGAGGUCGAGAAGGUUCGCGAAAAGUACGCCGGAUUCAUCACUGGAACUCGCAUUACAUAUCCGCCAAGUAUCCUCACUGCUCAGCGAAAGAACAUUGAUUCUCAUGUUACAGUCGGAAUGCGUUUGGAUCCUUUCGACCACCUAGUCGCUAACCACGCAAGCGGAUCAAGUAUACAAAUAAGAGAUCUCCUUCGCAGCCCUGGCGCAUUGUGGAGAUUGAUCAUUUUUCCGGGGGACCUGCGAGAGGAACAAAAGAUGGAGAAGCUGCGUCAUUUUGCUGCCUCAUCCUUUGCUGAAAACUUGCUCCCAAAACUCAGAGACAGAUCUUGCUUGGAGAUUAUUCUUGUUCAUUCCAGCCCGCGACUAUGUAUAGACUUUUUCGAUAUUCCCGAUAUCUUUCGACCAUUUGACGAGACCUUUGGUUACGAGUAUGAGAAGAUAUUUACUGAUUAUGGUAGCCACAACUCGGUACCUUGCCAUAGUCAAGCCGAUGAAAGGAAUGAAGCAAGCGAGUUCUGUAUACUAUGCCGUCCAGACCAGCAUGUUGCAUGGGCGGGUGGAAUGAACGAGAUGGACGACCUAGAGAAUUUUCUAGCUCCCAUAUUUGUAUAA